ACGGCCCAGCCCCCCAACUCCCCCGUCGUCUCCACAGUUUGUCUAAAAAAAAGAACUUGACUGCCGAGCUCCGCCGCAUCUAGCAGCGGCGCACGCCCAAACCCUCGUUCGCCGGCGCAGAUGGCAGCCGACGCUCUCGCCGCCUCUUCCUUCGCAGUUCGCGCGCCACGCGCCUGAUCGGCCGCUCCUCAUCUCCACGGACGGCGAUGGCGCCGGGCUCCCAGAAGAAGAACACGAAGGAGGUCGACCCGACGGUCAAGCUCACCCCGACGACCUCCUCGUCGACAUCAUCUCGCGCCUGCGCUACAAGUCGACAUGCUGCUGCAAAUGCGUCUCCAAGCGUUGGCGCGACCUCAUCUCCCACCGCGACCACCGAAAGAAGAUGCUGCAGUCCAUCGUCGGCUUCUUCUACGAAGGUUACAACCAAUUCCGCUCCCCCAGGAAGGCUCGUUAUUUUACGAAUCUGUCACGGCAACGCUCCCCUCUGGUCGACCCCUCGCUGUCGUUCCUGCCCAACUGCGACACCCUUGACAUCUUGGACGCCUGCAAUGGCCUCCUCCUCUGCCGCUGCUGGAAGGCUGCUCAUCCCCUGAAAUUGGAUUAUGUUGUUUGCAAUCCCACCACUGAGAAAUGGGUGUCCGUGCCUGCCACCGACUGGUCCAGCACGUCGAGCGCCACUCGCCUGGGGUUUGACCCGGCCAUUUCUUCCCAUUUCCAUGUAUUUGAGUUCAUAGAUGAGGAGUCGUGGGGUAUAGCCGAGGACGAGCAAAGCGAGUGCUAUGGACGCAUCCAAACACUAGCAAUUUACUGGUCCAAAGCUGGAGCGUGGAAAUAUCAAACAGUUGAGCAUGGACCAUUUGCGAUACCCAAGAAUUCACCCGGCUCGUUUUUAAACGGGAUCCUUAAUUUGGCUGCCUAUAAUAACUUAAUUGUAGCUGUUGAUGUGGAAGGAGAUAAUUGGUCACUUGUUCAUAUUCCUAAGCCACCGUACUAUGCUGAUGAUAUCAAUGGCAUAUUUCCAUCUCAAGGACAGUUGUAUUUUGCAAAUAGUCCUGCUGAUUCUGAUGGUUCUGAAUUAUCAAUCUGGGUUCUUGAUGACUUCAUUAAAGGAAAAUGGACUUUGAAGCACAAUGUGAGCCACUUGCAGUUGUUUGGAACAAAGUAUUCGUCGUAUGCGAAUGAUUAUAGUGUUAUUUCAAUGCAUCCAGAACACAGUUUGAUUUUUAUAGUCGCUGGACAUGACAAGACACUAAUGUCAUAUGACAUGGAUUCUAGACAGCUGCGUUUUAUAUGUCAACUUGGCUCUGAGUGUACAGCUGAAUUGCCUGCCUGUGGCGACAAGACUCUUUUUCAUCCACAUGUUCCCUUGUUCUCAGAAUCAUUGGCGGAUGGGUACUAAAUGUCUAUUCAGCUGUGUUUUAUGUUAACUUGGAUCUGAAUGUGAAGUUCAAUGGCCUGGCUGCUGCAUACCACAGCUUCAUAAUUGUCCAUGUUUCUGAUGAUAUUUGAGUUAGGUCUUCAAUUUGUGCAGCAGUGACUGGGGUAGACAUUUAUGAAGUUCUGAUAGUUUCUAUUGGCGCUUGAGCACUAUGUCCUGACUAUUGCAGUAACUUAGUGACUGAACUUGCCUUUGUGUAGUUGUGUAUAUUCAUGGCAGUUAGCAGCCUAUGCAGUUGUAAUGCCCUGCUACUUAAAUCAUGGAUAUUAUGAUCGUUUUGUUGAACCA